CGAAAUCAAGUAAGAUAUUUCCCCACAUUUGCUGCGUAAUCGCGGUCAGCAGCGAGACCCGCCUCCGGGGCGUAAAAGCUCCGACGCGCUUUUACGCAGCGCAUUCGCUUGGAGAGGCUGGAGGCGCAAGAUGACUGCAAACGAUUGAACGUGGAAUAUGUGCUGUACAUGAGCCUCAUCUUUCCUAAAGAAUGUCUAUAGGCUGCUGCAGUUCUCUACAGGGCUCAGGAACCACUGUUCAAGAGAUGCUGUGCUCCAACGUCUCCCAGGCGCUGCUUGAAAGCAACACCAAUGACUCCGCGUGCAGAACUGUGUCUGUUGGAUUCCCCAUAACCAUGAUGGUCACUGGUUUAGUCGGGAACUCUUUGGCGCUUAUUCUGGUGUCCAUAUCUUACAGAAGGAAGGAGAACCGGAGGAAAAAGUCUUUCUUGCUUUGCAUUGGAUCUCUGGCGCUGACGGACCUGUUCGGACAGCUCCUGACCAGUCCCAUUGUCAUAUCAGUGUACCGGGCAGGUCGGAAAUGGGAGAACAUAGACACCGAUGGUUGCCUCUGCUCCUUUUUCGGGGUUUGUAUGACAACUUUUGGAUUGUGCGCCCUCUUCUUGGCCAGUGCCAUGGCGAUAGAAAGAGCCAUGGCGAUAACGAACCCGCACUGGUACUCCAACCACAUGAAGACAAGUGUGACCAAACAGAUCCUGGCCGUCAUGUUUCUCCUCGUGCUGCUCUUUGCCCUGCUGCCCAUCGCUGGAGUCGGGGAGUAUCAGAAGCAGUGGCCGGGCACUUGGUGCUUCAUCAGCACCGGGGACAGCAAAGUGCCUGGAAACACCAUUUUUGCCGUCACUUUCGCCGCGCUUGGGAUUUUCUCUCUGCUGGUGACUUUGUCCUGCAACGUCAUGACGAUCCGGGGUUUGAUAAUCCGGUGUAAAACUAAGUCUGGCGCGUCUCAGGCUUCCAAACAGUGGGAACGGCUCACCACAGAAACAGUCAUUCAGCUGAUGGGGAUUAUGUGCGUCCUGCUCAUAUGCUGGUCUCCUCUACUGGUACUGAUGCUGAGGAUGAUCUACAACCGAAUGUCAUCCCAUGAGUGUGGCUUAUCAUCCACAUCUACGAACAGCAGGACUCUGGAUUGCAACUUUUUCCUGACAGCGAUUCGUCUGGCGUCCCUCAACCAGAUCCUGGACCCGUGGGUCUACCUGCUGCUCAGGGAGAUCCUCCUGCGCAAGUUCUGCAUCGUGGCCAACGCCGUCUCCAACUGCUCCACGGAGGACCAGAAGGGCACACAGACAGUCCUCGAUGCUCUUAACAAACAGAAUCAAAAUGGUAACAAACUCGAAAAAUCUCAAAGUAACUGACCCGACGGUUAAACAAAUCUGGAGAAAAUGGAUGACUCCUCACACACAGAACUAUUUUGCAGUGUGAUUGAGUCAGCAUUUGUGUUGUUAACAGCACUUACAGUUGAAACUCUCUUAACCAGCAUGUGGAAGCAUGUCUCACAAGACUCACAAAACCCGAACGAUGGUGAAUUUCAGUAACCUCAAGCCAUAAACUAACCAAACACACUCUUGUUCUGGCUGUGUGCUUAAAAAGAGCCUAUAAAUUCAGCUGUAAAUACAUUUAAAAAUGCACAGGCCAAAUGUUAACAUUAAUAUGUCUCAGAAUGAACAUUUUCUUAAAAAAACUCAAAGGGGAUAAAAAAAAUAUUUAUAUUUCAAGAAUAUUAUAACAUUUUACUGCUUUUGUGCUGCAUUCCUAUAAUUCUGCCUGCUUGGUCAAAAAUGCUGUAAAUUUAAAACAUGGCUUUUCCUUGGCAUACAUCAAAAAGUAAGAAAUGUGAAGCUGUAAGGUUAUUAGGUACUUAUUUAAGGUUAUUUAUUUGAUUUAUAUCGCUGUGCCACUUUCAAAAUUCAGAUUACAGGAUAGGGGAUUGUAAAUUAGAGACAGAUUGAGCUUCUGCUGAUGAUGCCUGUUAGAAAACACUUAAGUGCCGCUUAUUUAACUUCUGUGGAUUAGUAAAUAAAGCAAGAGUUGGCAGAUCAGGCUGUUUGGACAAAUCCUAGUUAAUCUAGUUUAAUCACAAAAGAAAAAUAGUUAUUCUCAGAUGAUGCAUCUGGAGUUACUUCUAAAUCUAAUUCAUUUAAAUUAUAAUUUUCUUAAUUCUGUGCAUAUUUUCUGCUAGGGUUUUUCAUCUUUUUCCUCUUGGAUGCCAUAAAAUGAUAAAUUUAAGGCAAAAAUAUGCAGAAAUGAUGCUGUGAAAUGUGUUGUUAGUGGCGUUUCCCCCCUCUAACAACACUUCAAUAGAAGUAAAGGGCCUUUUUAUGAACAUUUUUUCCUCAAUUUCUUCAUUUUUCUUUCCCUCUUUGUAAAUUUGGUACAAGAAUUUACAGUCUUUCAUUUGCUAAGUCUUGUACCUUCGAUAAGAUGACUGUUUCUUAGUGCCAACUUCUCAAUGAGGGAUUCGUCCUUCAAUUUUGUAACGGCUGUUUUUGUGCGCAGCAUCCUCCAAUUGUUGAUCAUUUUUAUCAAAGCCGGUGAAAGAGAUCACCUCAAGGUUUGGUGCAUUUACUGUCAUGGCAACCUUGAUGUUUUUAGGACAAUAUUUCCACGCAACCGGCGUCUGGCUCGAACUGCACGACGAGGUUAAUGUGUGCCAUCUGUCAUCCACGCUCUUCUCUUUAGCCUUUCAGCUCUAAAAAGACACACAGCGAUCGGAAAUUGUUAUCUCACGUUUUCUGCUCUCAUUCAUGCCUUCGCCUGCCAGUGGAGACAGAGCAGAGAUAAGACUUGAUCUUGUGUAGAUUGUAAAGCAAUUUGCUUUUAGUGAGGCACUCAAAGGAUUAGCCUUGUGUGUUAAGAAAUAAAAAAAACAUAAAAGCAAAGAAAACUGAGCAUUUUAUGAUUAGUCUGACAGUUACAGUUGCUGAUUGUGGAUCUUUUCUGUGACUUAAAAAGGGCUGCUUGUUACAGAUGUACUUUUUUGGAGAAUAAUGAGCUAUAGUUGGGGGUCUUUUAUGUAAACAUGUAACAUGAACCCCUUUGUGGUUCAGUUUUAACAUUCAAAAGCUGCAUGAAGUGCUUGUCCAUUUUGCUAAUUUUAUGUCUUUUCAAGGUUCAUGAAUAGACCAAAACAAAUCUUUUUUAGAUCUAUAUUUCCUUAUAGUUGUAUCAAAAAAGCAUCUCAUCCUUCCCCCACAGAAAGCAACAGUAAUUCAUUCAAACAUGAUACAUUCCGUAAUGGCUCCAACACAAUAUUUAUAGGGAGCACUUCCUGUUGUUGUGCCGCAGAGUUUUACUUAUUAUGAAUUAUGCAUGAUUAUCCGAUCCGAGGGAACUACUGAGUAAUACAAGACUGGAAGCAGCUCCGUUUUAAUAAUCCACAAGGUGCAAUCAUAAAAGCCAAUAGUGGUUAAUGUUUAGCCUAAUUAAGAGUUGUCAAAGUUGUAUAGUUGCCUCUGUUGGACAGCGAUGAGUCUUACAGCUCUUACAGACUGCGAGAGAGGCUGAGCCAGGAACGUUUUAUCCGGGAAUUACUCACAGGAGCACCAGGAGUGUGCAGCGAACUAAUGACUUUAUGUCUGAUGCUUCCCUUUUACUAUGGCGCUGUUUAUUAGUCAAAACUCCACGCAGAAAUAAGACAUCCCCAUGCAUCUUUAACCCUUUUGCUCUCUUAUGGGGUCCAGAUGACCCCACCCUUAUAUUGAUGUGUGAUCCCUUCCAUGACAAAGGUGGACAGGAUCUCAUGUCUGUGACGGACACCAGUGAAAAUAAAAAAUCCUUGAAAAAAAAAGUUCAGCGCGCUGUCUUGUGGGGUCCAGAUGACCCCACUUUUAAUGUAAACAUGCCUAGGAUAGCACAAGGGUUACAGAUUCCUCGCUGACAAGUCAGACCCCCGCGCGCGCUCCUCCGCCUAUGCGCACUCGGGCAUGAAUGGUAUGUGCGCGCUAGCGGAAUGUCAGUGAUCGUACGUACGCACAACAUUUUUUCAUGUGCGUUAGCCGUACUCGCGGAGAAACUGUCUGCGCGCGAGUGUAAAAAAUACUGCCAGUUGGGGGUGGAGACAGAAGGCUGCGUUGGCUUUCUUCUGAUUGGUCUAUUUUGAGGAUGACGACCCCUUCUAAACCCACAUUUACUGUAACAGUCUAUGUGGGUCUAGCAGUCACACAGACCGCAUCCAUUCGGCCCUGGGCUGCAUGGCGCCCUAAGCAGAACGUGAUUUCCGCGCCCCACGAAUAUCACUGAAUGCAAAAAAGGCUAGUAAUGAUAAAAUAAUUAUUUGUUUAAUUUUAAUUCUGAAGAAUUAAAUAUUAAUCACUUAAUUUUUUUUAGCAUAUUAACACUUCUACCUUGCCAGGACGUGAACCUCCAACCCUCUACAUUGGUAGGCAGCCACACUAACCACUGCACUGACAUUUUGUAUAUCCUUCUCAACGGUAGAUCUAUUGACAGGCAUAAGAUUCAAAGAUUUACAUUGUUAAGGGUUUAAAAACGGGAAAAGGGGGAAAAAAUAGAUUGCCAGUUAAUUCUUCUUUUCCGACCAAAAACAAGCUAAUUGUUUGACUGAAAUGGAGAGGGGGGGUGAAUUUCCAAGCCGUUGAAUAUAA